UAAAUUUUGUAUAUAGUUUACAUUACGUGUAAUAUAGACUAUUUAUAUUUUUUACGCAUAAACGCACAAUCCUAUUAGUAUCGAUUUUAUUUUUAUCGUUAUCGAUUGCUGAUAAACAAGAGUGCCUACAUUAUUGAUCGCGGGCAUGCAAAUGCGCGCGUGCGCCAUACGUACUCAUGGAAUACGAUUUCCUUUUUUUUUUUUUAUUCCAAACAAACGCUCCAACGGAUGCUGAUACAUGUUUUCGUGGGAACGCUUCGGGCUGUACGGACACGCGCGGUGUUUCGUCCGCUGCUCCUCGCGGCGAUCCGCCGAAUAAUCGCCGAGUCGGUCCUGCCGGUCGUGAUCCUGGCGUGCGUCGCGGCAGCGGAGCAACAAGUCGCCUGCUUACCGUCGUUCAGCGCGCUCGCGGCCACGGCUCCUCGUUGCGAGCGUGGACCCAACAUGUCCGCUGCGACCCGGGUCGGCAUUGUCUCCGGGAUUCCGUACGCGUACGGCGCGAUACGAUGAUGCGCGCGCGACGCACGCGGCCUUAGGGAGAAAACGCGAUGCGUCCUCGCGCGACGUCGACGACGGCGUACGACGAUCUCGCGCGCAACAACAACAACAACAACAAGAACGGCGGCGACGGUAUUGGUGGCAACGGCGGCGGCGAUGACGACCUCGCACGCACGACCCCGAACAACGAUGACAGAACCAGAACUUUGCCGGCUCUGCGCCGAGACGAAGGAGAAUCUCAUCGGAAUCUACGACGCCGAGGGCCAGAAGCUCGCGAUCGAAGCCAAGAUCGCCAAAUGCCUGCAGAUACAGGUUCUAAUAACAGAUGGCUUGCCACUCACGAUUUGUAUAGACUGUUGUGAUUUAUUAAACCAAUGCAGCGAGUUCUUUGAGAAGACCAAUCAAGCACAAAUAUCUCUGAGACAGUUGCUGAUAGAUCCAAAGUCUGAACCGCAGUCGAUAGAACCAAAUAUAGAUUAUGUAGAGGAGUCCAUAGAGUUUUCAAAGAAUGAGGUUAAUAACAGGGAAGAAAUAGUCCAAUGCCAAUUGCCUGGCAAUUACAUUAAUGAGACAGUUAAUAUCUUAAAUACUUCUUACUUCAUUGAAGGAUGUAACAAGAAUGAAAAUACCGAAAUUCAGGAAAUACAAGAUAACACAAAGCAAAAGAAGUGUAAGAUACAGAUAAAGAAGAGCUCUCCUAAACAGGCUAAGAAAAAAUUGAAAAAGAAAGGUCAGAUGCAAAAAGUUGAAGAAGAGUCUGAGCUUCAUAUAGCUUCUCAAAUUGACAAAGAACAAAACAAUACUACUUUGAAUGAUAACAUUGAAAUAGUAGAUAAUUAUAUCCCAGUAGAGACAGAAUCAAAUUUAGAAAUAAGAGACACACGAACAGUGGAGACAACGAAGCAUGGAAGAAAAAAGACAGAAGGUCUGGAAAGAUAUCCCUGGUUAUGUACAGAUUGCAAUGACAAAUUACCAUCUUUAGAAGCAUUAGAAGAGCAUCACGAAACGGUACAUAAUCAACAAGCUAAAUAUAUGUGUGUAAAAUGUUGUAAGGUUUAUGAUAAAUAUUAUGGAUUUCUUACUCACGUUAAGAGGCAUAAAAACAAAGCAAAGUUCAGCUGUGAAGAUUGUGGGAAAUCAUUUGUACAUAAGAAAGUAUUAGACUCUCAUAAGACUGUUCACAGUGAAGAACGGCCAUUUGUGUGCCAAACUUGCGGUAAAGCCUUCAGACAGCAAAGUGCUUUAUGUAUUCAUAAUCGAUGCCAUUUACCUGAAACCAUGAAGAACAGAUUCCCAUGUGAUCAGUGUGAUAAGAGAUUUUCGACAAAACCGAAUCUUGUAACUCAUAAACGUAUUCAUUCUGGCGUCAGAAAUUUUACGUGUGACCAAUGUGGCAAAAGUUUCAUACAGAAAGGAAAUUUAGAAGCCCAUUUCCUAACUCAUUCUCCAGAUAAACCAUAUAAUUGUUCUCAAUGUACGAAGGCAUUUAAAACACCUUUGCAAUUGAAAAAGCACGAAACAGUACAUACCGGUGCCAAGCCACACCAGUGUGCUGUAUGUGGAAGAACUUUCAGAGAGAAAGGAACUUUGAGGGAACAUCACAGAAUUCAUACCGGUGCGAUGCCAUUUACUUGUGAAUUUUGUGGGAAAUGCUUCCGUUUUAAAGGAAUAUUAACUACGCACAGGCGGCAGCAUACGGGAGAACGUCCGUACAGUUGCUUAGAAUGCCAGCAUCACUUCACAAAUUGGCCGAACUACAACAAGCACAUGAAACGUCGACAUGGAAUCAAUACUUCUCAUACUAAGCAUCUAACCAACAAUCAACAAUUGCAACAGCAACAGCCGACAGAGCAAACGCAGCCGUCUCAGAUACAGCAACAAUCUUCUGGAGAAGAUCCACUUUCUAUACCUCAAACAGAAUCGACGACAGUACAAGUAAUACAAGCAGUUCCUCACGUAUCAGCAUCACAACCGAUAGUCAUACAAACUAUUCCAACUACUAUUCAGACUUUCCAAACGGACGUCACUAACACCGUUCAGGAAACAGUAUUUAGAGACCGAAACACUUAUUUUAACACAGUGCCAGCAUUGCAAAACUUUUUGCCAGCAAACUUGCCGUAUAACUUUUACAGCAUUCCUAACGUCACAGAAAAUGAUUUAAUUCAACAUAGAUAAAGGUUAUUAUUGAUACUAAGCUAAACUAUGUUUUUGUUUUCAACUGAUCAGAAUUAAAAAAUAUGCGAUAAUAUUUCAUUGGCAUGUUUGUAAAUACAUCUAAUGUGAAUAUCACAACAAAAAUAUGUACAAUAAUUUGAAUAUUUCCUGGUUUUUUAUUUUAUUUCAUGUUUAUAAAAGAUGAGAGGUAGAAGGGCACAAAAAUAUGAGAACUUAGUAAACAUAUAAAAUGUUAGUAGUAUCACUCUUUUGUAUAGAACAAAACUCAGAUGAAAUAAGUGAUUAUAUACAUUU